UAGAUAUGAAUAAGCCAAAUGCAAUAAAUAACGCACUUAUGCCAUUCUAUUCAUUCUUCAAUAUUUUUGAAGAAGCAAAGAGUGUUCUGCAAGGACUUCACUCAUCCUCUGGGGUACAAGAAGAGCCAAUUAUCGAUGAAACACUUCUGAACAUUAACCUUCUCAAACAAGAAAACGAUGGGAAGUUCGACCUCAAGUAUCUUUCAGGUACUAAAUUUAAAAGGUUUAACUUCCAAAGGAGAGGCAAAUGCAGGCAUACUAGACAUGAAAUGCCUCUUUCGCAUUCUGUCGGAAAGAACUUCUGGAUUCUCAAAGCUACUAAUCUUAAUAGAGGGAGAGGGAUCCAUGUUUUCAACUCUUUAGAGUCCUUAAAGGCUCUUAUUCAUGAACAAUGGAACUGUAGUGAGAAUCCCGACCCUAAAGAAAGGAGCUCUGGUAAAACUUCAGUAAUGAUGAUCAUCCAGAAAUAUAUUGAGAAACCUCUUUUGAUACAUAAAAGAAAAUUUGAUAUCCGUGUGUGGGUAUUUGUCAGCUCAGCAGGUAAAUGCUAUUUCUUCAAAGAGGGUUACUUACGGACAAGUGGCUCUGAGUUUACCUUAGACGACACAAACCCUGAUGAUCAGUUUGUGCAUUUGACUAAUAAUGCAAUCCAAAAAUACGCACAAAAUUAUGGAGAUUUUGAGGAUGGAAACCAAAUGUCUUUUGAAAAUUUCCAAAAAUACAUCGAUGAGCACUAUCCUGAGAGAGGAUAUAACUUUAAAAGAGACGGACUUCCAAGAAUGAAGGAGAUUAUUAUGCACAGUCUCCUUUCUGUAAGAAGAAAGUUGAACCCGAACAACAGAAAGUUCUGAUUCGAACUUUUUGGUUAUGAUUUUAUUAUGGAUUCUGAUUUUAACCUAUGGCUGAUUGAGGUAAAUACGAAUCCUUGCCUUGAAGAAAGCUCAGAAAUGCUUAAGCAUUAUUUGAGAAGAAUGAUAAAUGACAUGAUCAAGCUUGAAAUUGAUCCCAAGUUUCCAAAGCCCCGUAAGAAUAAAAGAUAUGACAAGAUUUCAAAGAAGAGCACUCUUAAUAACAGCCCUCCCAAUAGACAAAAAUCCGCUUCACUCAGGAACAAUCAGACACUUGAGAGAAAAUUGAGCUAUGGAAAUAACCAGAAAGAGUCCCACCGAUCUCCUGAGAAAGAGCCUAAUAUCUGAAAGAAUGAUGAUACAAAGUCUUCUAUUUCUCGAUAUUUAACAUGAAGAAGUACAAACGAAGGUUCAAUUCAGCCAAAGCCAGGAAUUUAUUUAAAAAAGACAUCAGAUGACCCAAAUAUAAUAGACCAAAACUAUUCUUCAGAAUUAAAAAGACUAGCAUCAAGAGAUGCUAAGCUAGCGUUUCUAGUUAAUAAAGGAUGCUAA